GAUGUUAGCCGAAACUUAGAACGUGUGGGGAGCUGAAGGAGCCUCGCCGCCGCCUCUGCUGCCCUGAUUGCAAGGAAGGGCCUGGAUGUGCGACCUUGGGCGUCUUAGGUGGCUGGGGGAUGCAGUGGCAGGGCGUGCAGGCAGGAGAUGCAUCUGUAGAUCAUCAUAAGCGGUCAAAACAAAUGCACUUUCUUCUUUUCCUUCUUUCUGAUUUGCUUGUGCCUCUCACAUCUUUGUUUUCUAGCCCUCUGGAGAGCCCUGUAUGCCUGCCUGGGUGUUGCCAGUAAAUCUGGGCUCUGCUGUGUGCACGGCAUUGCCCCGGGACCCCCAGGAACAGCUGGCUCUGGGCAGAAUUGCAGUCCUUUUUGACAACUGGCAGAUGUGAAAACAAGUGGUGGCUCUGGAGAUACAGCCAGAAUUUUUUGUUCACAUGGCAGCAGCAAACUCUACUCCACCUAGCUCUUUGGAUCUAAACCAGCCUGGAUUUGCAAAGGAGAUCCUGGGAACUAAACUGGAGGUCAAAUACCUCUGCUCCGAUUGCAAGAAUAUAUUGAGGAGGCCGUUUCAAGCUCAGUGCGGGCAUCGCUACUGUUCCUAUUGUCUGAAGAAAAUCAUAAGUGCUGGACCUCAAAAGUGUGCCAGCUGUAUUCAGGAAGGAAUAUAUGAAGAAGGAAUUUCUAUUUUGGAAACAAGCUCGGCUUUCCCAGACAACGCAGCUCGUCGGGAGGUGGAAAGUCUGCCUGCUGUCUGUAUUAACAGUGGCUGCACUUGGAAGGGGACUAUUAAAGAAUACGAGGCUCAUGACGAAGUCUGCCCUGAAUUUCCACUGACUUGUGAAGGCUGUGGGAAGAAGAUUCCAAGGGAGAAGUUUCGGGACCAUGUGAAGACUUGUGGCAGAUCUAAAGUGCCUUGCAGAUUCGAGGUUGUUGGAUGUGCUGAGGUGGUGGAAAAUGAAAACCUACUAGAACACGAAAGCAAGUGUUUGGCGGAGCAUCUCUACAUGUUACUGAGUUUUGUGCUCAGCCUCAAGGCUGGGUCUGGAGACCUGAAGGCCCUUCCUGCCCUUUCCUCAUCGCAAAACAACUCCCCACUACUGGCAGCAAACUCUUUGUGCUCAGAGUCGGAGCUCUCCAGGUCGCUGGAGCUGUUGGGGAGAUGUGAGGCCCUUGAGAGGAAAACGGUGACCUUUGAGAACAUUGUCUGUGUGCUCAAUCGGGAGGUGGAAAGAGUGUCUCUAACAGCUGAAGCCUACAGUCGGCAACAUCGACUAGACCAGGAGAAAAUCGAAACACUGAGUAACAAGGUCCGGCAGCUGGAAAGGAGCAUUGGGCUCAAAGAUCUGGCCAUGGCUGAGAUGGAGGAAAAGAUCCGCAACAUGGAAGCUUCCACCUACGAUGGUGUUUUCAUCUGGAAGAUAACAGAAUUUGCCAGAAAGCGUCAGGAGGCGAUAACAGGCCGCUCUCCUGCGAUCUUCUCUCCAGCUUUCUACACAAGCAAGUAUGGCUACAAGAUGUGUCUGCGCGUUUACCUGAACGGGGACGGCACCGGGCGUGGGACCCAUCUCUCCUUGUUCUUUGUGGUGAUGAAAGGACCCAAUGAUGCGCUUCUGCGGUGGCCCUUCAACCAGAAGGUAACCCUGAUGCUCCUGGAUCAGAACAACCGGGAGCACAUCAUCGAUGCCUUCCGACCUGAUGUGACAUCCUCCUCCUUCCAGCGACCCGUCACAGAAAUGAACAUUGCCAGCGGCUGCCCACUGUUCUGCCCUGUCUCCGUGAUGGAAGCCAAGAACUCCUACGUGCGUGAUGAUGCCAUCUUUAUUAAAGCCAUCGUUGAUCUCACGGGCCUCUAACCCUCCUCACCUCCGGGAGCAGUGAACGCAGAGCCAGCCCCGAGUGGGGCAUCCCCCUCUUGUGCUGCACUUCAGGCAGGUCUCGGAGCGAGGAGGGGGCAAACAGUGGAAGGGAAAAAGCCCUUCCCAAAAAGGGACCUUCACUCUGAGUGGAAAUGAGGUGUCUGAUGGGAACCCUCUUCCCUGGUGUCAGAGAGACCUUCCCUGAGAAGAGGUUUGGGUGGACGUUCACAGUCUGCGGGGUACAAGAAGAUCUCCUGCAGGGACUUGGGUGUCUGAACUGCCGUUGUCUGGGCUCCCAGUGGAAACCAGUGCAGCUCUUGCUCUACCAGUUUAGUGCACAUCCGCAGUGCUCUGUAGUAAAACAAGGGUUUGGCCUGCCUGAGCACCACGUCACGUGGAUGUUUGGCUCAGCCAUCUAGGAUUCAGAGA